GUCAGAGGAGCAAGUUGGGCCCUGCGACAGAGAAACCCUGGGGCAUGGCGCUGUCAGGGCAGGACAGCAAGAAGAGGAACCCUGGGCUGAAAAUUCCUAAAGAAGCAUUUGAGCAACCACAGACAAGUUCCACGCCACCCAGAGAUCUAGACUCCAAAGCCUGUAUCUCUAUUGGUGAGGAGAACUUUGAGGUGAAAGCUGAUGACCUGGAGCCAAUCUCCGAGCUGGGACGAGGUGCGUACGGGGUGGUGGAGAAGAUGCGGCACAUGCCUAGCGGGCAGAUCAUGGCAGUGAAGCGGAUCCGAGCCACAGUGAACAGCCAGGAGCAGAAGAGGUUAUUGAUGGAUCUGGAUAUCUCCAUGAGGACAGUAGAUUGCCCCUUCACUGUCACCUUUUACGGGGCACUUUUCCGAGAGGGAGAUGUGUGGAUUUGCAUGGAGCUGAUGGAUACCUCACUGGACAAAUUCUACAAACAUGUCAUUGACAAAGGCCUGACGAUUCCUGAGGACAUCUUAGGGAAAAUAGCUGUCUCUAUCGUAAAAGCACUAGAACAUCUACACAGUAAGCUCUCCGUGAUCCACAGAGAUGUAAAGCCCUCUAACGUGUUGAUCAAUACGCAGGGGCAGGUGAAAAUGUGCGAUUUUGGCAUUAGCGGUUACCUCGUUGACUCGGUUGCUAAAACCAUGGAUGCAGGAUGCAAACCCUACAUGGCUCCUGAAAGAAUUAACCCAGAGCUGAACCAGAAGGGGUACAGCGUCAAAUCUGAUAUCUGGAGCCUGGGGAUCACAAUGAUCGAGCUGGCCAUCUUGCGCUUUCCCUACGACUCCUGGGGGACGCCAUUCCAGCAGCUCAAGCAGGUGGUGGAGGAGCCAUCGCCGCAGCUCCCGGCGGAGAAGUUCUCAGCGGAGUUCGUCGAUUUUACCUCGCAAUGCUUGAAGAAGAAUUCCAAAGAGCGGCCAACAUACCCAGAGCUUAUGCAACAUCCUUUCUUCACCCUGCACGAAUCCAAAGAGACAGACGUCGCCUCUUUUGUCAAACUCAUCCUGGGAGACUGAGAACUGGACUUGUACAUGAAUUGCCCUUCUGUGGACUGGUGGGUGCAGGGGAGGGGCGCGUGGCAGGACUUGUCAUGGAAGCACCAACAGAAAGCCACCGUGUUUCGCUGUGUUUUGUUUUUAUGCUGAGAAACCCCCCGCCUCGCCGAAGUUUUUAAAAGGGUUCUUUGGUAUCCAUAGUGACAUAGAACGAGCUGGGUAGUGAAAUGAAUUUUAAUAAGGUUGGAAACCUUAAAACAAAAAACAAAACAACAACAACAAAAAAAACAUGUUAAAGAGUGAUUUACAUAUUUAAUGACAGUCAAAGUCCCUCUUCCUAACUUCCUCCUCGUCCCCCUCUCCCUUCCCUCUGAACCAGAAUUUGCUUUGUCAUGGUAAUAGGUGCUAUGGUAGUCAUGAAGUUGUAUGUAGAUUUAUAUUUUGUCCCUUCCAUUAUUUUAAUAUUUAUGUUAAGUGCUUGAUGGAAUAGAUUUCUGUUUUAUAUGAGGAUGAAUGCGUGGUGACGAUGAUGAUGCUAAAUGAGGCCACAGCAAGCGAUAGUUGUAGGGCUUUGCUGGUGAAAAGGUGUCAAAGGAAAGGAGAAAGAAGAGAAGAAGUGUCUGUGUUGUGGAAAAUAUUUAAUGUGCAUCAUAAAAAGAGAUUAUAAACAAGGAUCUCAGCUCAGCUACCCGAGCUGUGAGGCAGCAUCACUGUAAGGGAGGGAGGCCCCAUCAUCCCGUGAGGUUGCCUCUUCCCAGUGCAUCCUGGCCAUCCUGCGGUGCACUGUCAGCCUCCUGCAAGGGGAAAGCCCCUGCCCUGCAUCCCACCGACUUAUUCCACUUUAUUAGGCAGGUUAUGAGGUGAGGACAUUGCUGGGAUAGUGUCUGGGACAAAAAUCCCAGAGGAAACUAGAUUGUUGGAUGAGUUGCACAGAGGUGAGGAGGGGGCUGCAGUGAUUGGUCCCCACCUGCAAGCCCAGGAGCACUGCAGUGCCCUUGGGCUGGGGAUAAGCUGCUUUGAGCCUAGAAGGGAGUUCGUCUCUCCUUCUCCCGAUGAGAAGGGAUAACAGCAUGCACAGCAUGACACCUGUGAAAAAUGAGGUAUCUCAGCACGAGUUUCCAGGGCUCUCACACUGCAUCGGCAGCAAUCCCUCUGUGCUUGCCCACAGGCUUUGCGAGUGCUAGCGAGCUGCCCUGGAGCCUGUGCUGGCCCGUGGCUUGGGCUGUGUCCAGCUCUGGUUGGGAUGCUGAAGGCAGCCAGGAGCUCCAGCAUGCGCUGCAGGUGUCCUCCAUAGAGCUGUAGCCUGGAAACCAUGGAGGGAAACCACAGCCCACCCUACCAGGAGCUCACUGCUGUUGGCCAGGUCUUGCUAGCACGGGCAGGAGCAUGGGGACUGUUGGGGUGGGAGGGGGUGCUUUUAGGUGACUGCUUUUGGGUAACACGGUCACUGUCAAGAGAAAGGGGGGACCAUGCACAAGGUGUUGCUGAGUCUGGAGCAAGGCCACUGGCUCCAGAUUAACACUGGUUUGACUGAGCCAAACCUGCAUAGCUGCCUCACUCAGCCAUGAGGACCUUUCCCUUUGCCCAUGGCUCCUUCCCUCAGCCCACGAAGGACAGUGCCUGUGCGUGUGGCUGCACUGGAGCAUCCACGUGUGCCUCAUGCCCCGUCACAUGCUUCUCUUCCCCAUCCAUCGCUUUGGCACUCUCUCAGAGUCAAAUCCCAACUCGAAGCAUGCCUUGCUCUGCAAUAUCUACAUUGUGCAGGAUUCAGUUCAGCCUGGGAUCCAGCCCUUUCUCUCCCAGUUUAGUGGCUCCAGUCUCUGUUGGUGCAGGUUAGGCUUCUGGAAUAGUCUGAGCAUCUGUUUCAGAAGCCUUGGAAGGGCUGAAGGGGAGGGCAGUAUUUAGAGCAGGGCUUCCUGAACGAUGGUACCUCUUGUGCUAGGGACAUAUCGACCACUUUGAAGAGGUGCACACAGACACCAUGGCCAGGGCUGGCAGUGCCCACAGGGGUGGCUGUGAACCCUAGAAUAGUCCAGCUCUGCCCUGGGGCUGGCAUUGAAGGAUAUAUGGGAACAUUGCUCAUGGGGAUUUCUUGAUCCUCAUGCCCUUCAGCUGCAGAGCAGGGUGGCUUGAGGAGGAAUGCAGGAGUCAGGGUGCAGGGGUUUCCUUGCUGUGAAUUGCUCACGGGUCAUGCAGGCUUUGGGGAAGAGGUCCCCCUUCCUCAGCUGUGUGCCACGAGCCUGCCCGGCCCACAGUAAUGAUAAGCUCCAUAUUCCACUUUGUGUUGAGGGGAACCUUUCAGGUCACAUUUGUGGUGGGUGAAACCCAAGGAUGUUUUACUUCGCAGUGUAAUUUUCAGAGGCCUCGCAUGGCUCAUAAUCUGCCCUCUCAUAUUCCAUGGUGUGUGUGCGUGUGCUUUCUCUCUCUCGCUUUCUCAGAGAGCUGUUUUGAUUGAUUGUCCUCAGCUGCAGCUAAAAGUCCAGCCAGGCAGUUUAUGGAGUUGGUUCCAGCAUCAGUUCUCGCUUUGAAAAACAUGACAUUUAAAACCACCCUUUGGUUUUCCUACAUAUGGAUCUGAUGCUUUUGUUAAAGAUUGUUUUUGCCGCUUUCCUCCGGGAAUAUAAGUCUCAUUUGGACACCGCAUCUCCUUGACCUCAGAGCACCUUUAUUUCAGUGCCAUUGUAAUUGACAGGUUGAAUUUAUGAGAUACUGUCAAAGUUCAGUAUUAAUAGUAGACAUUAAUGUCACCAGCGUUUUCCAAUAGAAAAUUAAUGUCAGUGUUGUCUGCAGCUAUGUAACCCUCUAAAAUGACUCCUACAUGCCUCAACACUACAUGCUGAAUGCUUUCUUUUAUGCUUUUUGCUCUUGCAGUGCUUGGGCCAUCUAAUCCCUUUGUUUUAAUGACAUUACAAUAGGGCAUGCAACAAAUCACUUCUCUUCCCUCCUGAUUCUCCAUGACUUUGUUCCUUUAAAAGUCAUUUGUGUCAGCCCAGAGUAAACGUGAAUCUGUAUGACCAGUGUGAAUGAAAACAGUGAUCACCUCUGCUGAAGAUAGUUAUGGCAGGAGAGAAAUGCAGAGGUUGUCUGUCUGUCCCUGCAUCCUGCAUGGCACAUGUGGACACAAAGCUUGUCCUGUCCCAGGGUAUUCUUAGAGAGAAGCCUGUGUUGGUGGCCUCGGCACAGGGACGAGAGCCAGAGACCCUGUGUGCUUAAAAGCUCUGAAAACAUGCUGGGUUACAAGAUGAAACUCAGACUCUCUUCUCUUUCAUUUGAUUGUAACCUCUGUCAAGAUGAAAAGCCUUUGGCCAGUGCUCAGAACUUUGCUUGGCUGUAACAUGAGCGCAGGGUUGCCUAGGACAGGCAUGUUCCUGAGACAUUAAACCUUUCCCAACAACCAUGCGCCCUGAACAGCCCAGGUGUUGAGGCUUAAAGCUGUUCUUCAGAAACCUCUUUUGUUUUCAGACACCAUGGGACCGUGUCUUAGAUUGUCCUGAACUGGGAUGUUUAAUCUGCAGAAGAAGCAGGUCUCAUGCCAUAAACCUGAAACAAACCAAAACCGCACCAGGGAGCAGAGAGGAGAGAAAAGCUGCUCAGAGCUCAGCACUGAGCUGUGCCCUGGACCACCUGCAUGUGUGAAUUCCAGCACAGUGAGCCAUUUGCAAGGCAGGGAGGACUUCUAUGCUCUGCCCCAGGCAGUGGUUAUCAGCUGUGCAUGAGGAUGCACAGUCCAUCCCAGUGGCAGGCAGUGCGGGACCACCAGGACAUGAUGUUCAUCCUUUCUUCCUCCACCAUACAGCUCUUGAUGUUCCUGCAACCUCCUGAUGCUUGAGGCCCUGCCAUUCCUAGAGCUCGUGAGGUAUCACUGGCAGGAAGGCUGUUUUCUCAGUCCCCAAGAGCCCAGUGGUCUCUUAAACCUGAAAAAGGAGUUGGAGAGCAUUUGCCAGUUACUGGUUUUAAAUGCCAGGUUCGUGCUGCUGCAGUGGGUGAAAUGCCCAUCUUUCCUGGGUGUUCUCCAGGUGUACAGAACUUUACAGAGGUAUCUAUGUACUGUAUUUCCUGACUUUUGUCAGGUUUACUGGCAAGGAUGGAGGCAUUUCUGACUUGGUAAAGAGGUGGGAACACCAUUUCUGGAGGCAUCUGGCCUCCCCUGUGUGAUGGAGGAGGCAGUUGAUGGGUCACUACUUGGAAAAGGCACACCUUAGCUGGGAUUUCUCCAUGCUUGCUGCAAGCUAAGGGUGUACCUGCACAUUUCCCUUCUUUCCUAGACGUUUUGGAAGAGGAAAUCCUGGUUGGUCAACACAGCAUUGCUUUAGUGGCUGGUCUGAUGUAGUUCAGACAAGGUUCCCAGCAGCUCCCUUGUUUAAUAGACCUCUUCUUUAUUAAAAACAAACCCCAAACUCCUCUCUCAGAAAAGCCAGCCAAGAUGCUCUUUUUCUUUCUCUCUCUUCCAUCUUGUUCCUCUUAGAGGAUCUCUGGGAGCCCGUCUUGGUGCUUUCACUCUUUCGCAUGCCAAAGAUUGCUACAUUCCUCUUAGUUACACUCCCGCCAAACCAGAUCUUAUAGUCUUGCCUCAAAAAUCAUCCACUUCCCUGCUCCUUGGGGUUCCUUUUGUUGCUGUUGCUUUUUCAUUGAAUUUCCUCAUGUUUAUUGACAUGUCUAUUGUUGAGCUUCCUGGACACAUGCAGCUCUCUUUUUCGGAUACAGAGAAAGACAAAUAGUUGCCUUCACUGGUCUGCCCCUGCUGUUGGGGAAAUACUGUUAGUGAUAUGAUUCCUACAGAUGGGGAUGGGUCUCAUUUAGAACUAGGGUCAUGGAGGGUGUAAACUGGCAUUGCUCCAUUGGCUUGGCUGGAAUAAAGCCAGUUUUGUCCAGCUGAGAAUCUGUCCUUAAUGUCUAAACAGUUAUUACACACUAAUAAAGAUUAAUGAUUGUAAAUCCCCACGGAUUAUACAUAAAAUGGCAAGUUUUACUCAUUAAUCUUUAUUGCCAUAUUAUAGCUGUUUAUGUUAGAGGAGUCGUCUCUCUCUGUUCUGAGCAUGCACUUAGGAGCUGGGGGCUGAGCGUGGGGGAGAUGAAGGGUGGACAAAGAGACCAGAUGUCCACGUGUUUUACAGCCUGUGUCCUCCCCCCAGGUUGGUUGUUUCCAUGAAAGCCGUUAACCUGCAGCAAAGGAUGUCUCACAGAGCUUUGUCUGCUUCGCUGGCCUCUGCCUGUGCUAUAAAAUCCAGAUUGUUCCUGGUGAGAAGGGAUCAGAUCUCCUAAUUAAUAUUUCAGCUCAGCCUUUACUGGAGCAGAUGGAUAAUAUGGAAUUUGACGUGCACUCUGGCAGGCCAGAGCUCUGCAGUGCAGUGAGAUUUGCUCUCUUGGACUGUGGCUUUGGAAGAGAUACUUUCUGUGCAGUAGGGAGCUGUGUUGCAGGUUGAAAGGAUGCUGCUCCUUCACAUAACCCCACACCAUGAAAGCAGUUGAAUUUGUUAAUAAGAGGGUCAGAAAAAGCUCAGUUGAAUCUCAGCUUUUAUGUGUUUGUCCACCACAGCUAGGAGCUGGUGGUGCCAGGGGUCUGGACACAAAGAUUCAUAUGCUGUAUAAAUGAAGAGGAAUCUGAAGAGAGCAUAGUAAACUGCAAGGGUGGUUUUAAUGGCAUAAGGACAAAAUGACCCCUCUGACAGGCAGCUGGUGUUAAUCCAUUCUGCCAAGGGAAGGCCUGGAGUUGGUGGGGAAGGCUGGAGCAGAAAGAGAGGGCAGAAGAGACAGCCAGACUCGAUCAAGUGAGAGCAGCCGGUCUCCCCUUUCUCUUGCCAUGUACUCCUUCAGACCCAGAUCUGUAGAUGAUGGCUUUGCUCACAAGUCCCAGAUUGCCACUUCAUCCCCACUUCCAGCAAGAGAAACACAAUCUAAACCUCAAAAGAAACCCACAAGGACAAGCUACAAGCGAGCUGAUACGCAUUGCCUGCUGCGUGGCUUGUGCAUUGCUGCUUCCCCUGCUGAGCUCGUCAGUGGGAGUCAGAGGUCUGACUUAAACGAUGAGGAAAGCAUGGGAAAGGCCUCUGUAGCUGCAAAAGAAGAGGGUAAACAUUUUAAGGUGGUCUCUAACUAGCCUAAUGGUGGAAAUACCUAAUUUACAGGCUACAGGGAUAAAUUAAUUCUUCAGGGGUCUAUCCAGCCAGCAGUGCUGUUCCACUGGGAGCAAUUCUGGCUGCGUGACAUUUAUUACAUGGCCUCCUUUAGUGCACCCCUGGGUUGCUAGAAAGCUCUUCGCCUCCAUCGACACCUUACGUCUCAGUCACCUUUAUGUUCUGUGUUUUACUGUCUGGAUUUUACUAGCAGCCUUUCUUCUAGGCGGUUGGUCAGAGUGAAGGCAAAGGAAAGGGGCCUCCAGCCAGCUCUGCAGAGCGUUUUGGGGGAGGAAGGAGCUGCUUGUCUGUUAUCCAGUGCCUGCUUAAUGGGAAGCCGCAGCCAGGGACGAGCUGUCCUGCAGGUAUCCAGCUCAAGCAAGAGCUUCUCCUUUAGUGCUUCAUUUCUUUGCAUUAAAAGUCCCUUUCUGGAAGUGGAGCAGCUCUGGAUUUGCGGCAGGCUCACUCUUGCAGGCAAUGAGGCUGCAAGGACAGGCUGCGCUAUCUUCCUCGAAAGGCUCUUAGUUUUCUCUAUGACGGGGCAAAAGUCCAGCGGCUGUGAGGUGCUGCGAGGAUAAGCUGGGAAAAGCUUGGAAGCGUCUUAAACGCUCUGGAAAUAGGGAUGGAAAUCGCAAAAGAUCAGACGUCUUUCGGCAAUUUCCAAAGCUCUUACAGGUUUAGCCAGACCUGAAAACCCUUCCUAGACAUUUAUUUCAGGGUAUUUUGAUCUAUGACUUUGCUUUUGGGCCUAGCUAAAUCCAGGAAACUCGGAAUAGUGUAAUUUUUAAAUAAAGAGGGAAAACACACCCCAAGUAUUACUAGACCGAUGAGGAAAGUUCCUGUUUGGUUUCUCUUACAGGAAUAAUUCAGGCCAGCUCAGGGUUUAUCCUAAUUUAGUCUGGUUUUGCCCCAGAUAAUUAUUCUUUUGUAGAAAAUAAAGAGAUCAGAUCAUGGUCUUUCCAGAACGCUGUGACCCGUCACGCAAGGGCACACACCAAACUGUGCCAGGAGGCGGAUGGAGAUAAGUGCUACAGUAAGAGGCAGCCAGCAUCUGAUGGCUGGAGAGAGCAGUCUGGCAGCAAGCAUGCCCAGGGCCUCCAAAAACAUAGGUAGAGGCAGUUCCCUCAGGGUUUGUGUGAUGGAGAUAUCAGGGUCUGCCACGUCUUGGUUCUUUUUCCCCUCUAGUAAAGAGCAUUCAGGCGUCUCAGAGUGUCCUGGAACAAUAUCUGAAAGCCUUUGGUAUUCCUCAGCUCAGACGUAUGGAUUCUUUCAGGAUGGAUACUGUGAAAAGUCAGGAAAAGCCAGGUGUCCUUGAUUUACACAGCCAGAGUGAAGAGACGCAGAUUAAGUGCCUCAUAAGAGCCAAAAGGGUGUGUUUAAAGAUGAAUUACAGUUGCCGUCAUAGCUGUGAAGUCAGGAUCUAAUUCUCACAUAUACAGGUGCAGCUGCAGAGUUCUCCAUCCACAUUUAGCCCAGAUUUAGUUCUAAGUCUGGCAUGAAUAUCUAAUAUGGGCCUAAAUAUCUAAUAUGGGCCUAAAUAUCUAACAUGGGCCAUGCCAUUUGGUGGCCUUCUGGCUCUUCAGGCAGAAAAAAGACUGGUUCAGAUCACGGUAUCACCAAAACCAGGGUUUGGCUCCAAACAUUUCCUAUAUAAUCUAUGUAUGAAGUGAAUUUCCAGAGUUUUGCCACUGUUUUGUUUCCUCCAUGUGAAGUGAGUGGCACAGUUGUCACCAUGCCAGUGGGGCUGCUGGAAAUAGUCACAACAUACGAAAUAGUUGGAAUUUCCCAUUGAUUUUUUAAUAGCAAUACAUUGGGAGUAAGCGGCUCAAUGUAGUUUCAUGCAAACUGGAAAUGCGUUGGAGUAAAACUUGUCGUUUCUCGUGGAAAGAAAACAACUGUCUAAAAAUGUCAGAAAUCUUCAAUUUCAGGAAUUGCUGUUUUAUUGGCAAAGAUCCAUGUUUAGCAUCAAAAUAGAUGAAGUUUCUGGAGCUUCUCUCUUAAGGUGUGAAAUCUGGUUUUUCUUGAGAUGCUGGUGAAUUUGUAACAGGGGUGUUUCUACAUACUGUCAGCUAGAAAUAGUGGAAAAGAUAUGGGUACAAUGGAAAAGGAACCACUUCCCAAUGGUCUGCUGGUGUUGAAGACGACACAGGCAAAGCACCUGUGUCUUUUGAAUAUGUUAGAAAGGUUUUCCAACCUGCUGUAAUACAAGUCCUUAAUUUACUUUAUUUUUAGGACUUUUUUACAGUAACAUCAUUUGUUUUAUAACUGUGAAAGUCUCUGUUUUUCCUUAUAUGUGGAAGGCUGAUUAUUCUUUCUCCUGUUCCAGCUACUUAUUAUAGAUCCAUUUCUGGUACUCUCCAAGGUGUGCCGAAGGUAUCUCCCAGCCUGCCCUUGAGCCAUAUGGUAUCACUGUACUGUCUCCUAAAAGCUGGGAUGGCGAAUGGCAGUAGAUGGAUAAUUCUUACUUUAAAUUAUAUUUAUAGCAAUUUAGAUGGGUUUUUUUAGUGACCUGAUUUGCUCUAGAAUUAGGGAUGAGGAAUCCUUUUAAAAAUUGUGGUUUUCAGUUUUUCUUUUAAGCAUCUUGGAGGCUUCUGAAUGACCCUCCUCACCCUUGUUUUUAAUUGGAAAAGCACCAGUUGGGUUGUAAUUGUUCCUUCAAGAGGGAACUUGCGUCAGGGUUCAGUUUAGGUGGUGAAAAUGCUCUGUGUCACACCACCAUUAACCAAAAGUGCACUGGAAUGCUGAGAGAACGAUAAUUUUCCACCUGAAAAAUUAAAUCUGGGUUAUGAUGAACUUGGUUUGUCCAAGUCUCAUGCCAGGCUUUUCUGUAUGGAGUUUGCAUGGAGCUUUCCUUUAUCCCUUGAGCCAGUGAGACUCGGGGUGCCAGGGUUGCUUUGAAGCAGGGCUGAGGGCCAACUGGGCACCCUCUGACCACGUCUGCUCUGGGUACGGAGGAUAUGAGUCCUACAGAAAUGAUGGAGCAACUCAUGAAUAGCUUCUUCUCGCUCUGUAAGAGUUAUUGAGGUGAAAUCCUGUAAGCGUGACCUGUGUGAGACAAGCAGGAUUGGGGCUCAAAACCAUCAGCUUUUUGUGCUUUUUCUCCUCUUUGCAAAGGUGCCUUGCUGCUCUGCUGCUUCAAAAGCCACCCCAGCCUUUCUGGUAAAGAAUCAGAGAGUUAUAAGAUCAUUUAGGUUGGAAAAGACCCUUAAGAUCAUCGAGUCCAACCAUUCACCCAGCACUGCCAAGCCCACCACUAAACCAUGUCCCUAAGUGCCACAUCUACACGUCUUUUAAACACCCCCAGGGAUGGUGACUCAACCACUUUCCUGGGCAGCCUGGAUGCUGUGGCGCAUCUGUUUUCAGACAGCUUGCAUUGGUUUUCUGGUUUGUUUUUUCUUCCCCCUAUGUAUAAGAAAUGUUGGGUAGCAGAAUGUGGAAUUCAUUAGAAGUUCAUAAACCAGGGACCUCAGAAGGAUGUGGGUAUAAAUGCUUUUCAGGCAUCUGAGGUGAACUUUAAAUGGAGCUUUGGCCCUCAUUUGCUUUCUGCUUUUCAAAAACCAUUUAUGAGAAAGUGGAGCUGUCAAAGCCAUGCAUGAACUUUGCCUUCUUGCAAAUAACUUGUCUCAAAGUAAAUUGUCAAAAUGCACAAGAAACUUGUCUCAAAGUAAAUCCAGUAGCUCUACAAAGCUGGAAACGUAUGUGCAUUAGUGUGUAUGUAUGUGUGUGUGUGUGUGCAUGUGUUGUGCAUGGGUGAGUGCAGGGAGUCUACCAUUUUGGAGAUGUAAAAAACACAAUGCAAGUGUUUUUAUAAGGAAAAGGCAAUGUAAAAUAUUUAUUUCUUGGCAAAAGGACAUCAGACCACAUCUCCCAUCCUUCUUUUAAUUGCUUCGUGUUUGUUUUUGUUGUCUUAAGUCUUUGCUGGCCUGUUUCCUCUGUUGCUACUUAGCAGUCCGUAACCUCACACAACCCCUCUGGCAGUGAGGGAGCACAUGGCACUGGGGAGCUCACCGGGAAGAGCACUGGUGUUCAUAUCAUCCACAGGAGGAACUGAAAAGGGAGCAUUAGAAGAAAAGGCAGCACAAUGCAAUAUCAGCAUUUUUUUUUUUUUUUGGUUUUUAGCCUUGUGGAGGCAACUCUGUCCUCAUGAGAAUCAAAACUGCCCACAGCCUAAAGCAAGACCCCAAAUCGUAGCUUUGAUAGAUUGAUCCAGAGAUAGUGAGCUUUGAGAAAGGCUCUCCCUGCCUUGGCUGGUUCAUGUGAACCUGUACUAGUGGUAUAUUAGAAGAAAUGAGGUGCUGUCAUCUUUGUGAGAUAGCACCCAGGUUCUUGUCAGUUCUGGUUAAGGUCCCCUUGGGCUUUGCCCAGGGUUCUAGCAGUGCAAAGCCAGUGGUGAGGAGGCAAAGCUUCCCAGUGCUGCCAUGAACAUCGCUCCAAGCUCCUAUUCCUGUCUGCAGCCGGGUGGAAUUCCAUUAGUCAGAUGUUGCAAAGCUCACAGGGUCCUCCCUGCGCUCCAGAGUACUUCGGUGGUCUCCAACUGCCCGCCCAUAUGGCUUCACAUCCGCCCCAUCUGAACCCUUCUCUUAACCUGUGUUGUCUUCAUUCAUCUCAGAGCCGUUCCUCAUACCAUGAAGAUGAUAAAUAGUAGGAGACUGACAGUAGGACCAUGUGUGUGAUGUUUAUUUAAUGUUGUGUUAAUGAGAUGCUUUUAGUACCCAUGUUGUACUGGGUUAAGGAUAUUGGUGGAACAAUGGAACUGGUAUUCUUUAACCCCGACUGCCCCAGGUCCUUCCCCUCCACCCUCUUCAUUUGAAUAAGAAAAACUAGAUUGGGAGAGCAUAUUUAACUUGAAAAAAAGCCCCAAACCUUGUUGAUGGAAUAAGUUAAUCUUCUUUACUACGCUUCAGUUUUAUUUCUCAGGAUAUGCAAAGGUUUAUCACUGCUGCUGAGAGAAGGGGACAGUACACCUUUUGGAAACUUCAACCACUGUAACCGUUUUCCAGAUGUGCGUGUGCGUGUGUGUGUGUGUGUGUGUUUAAACUCAGCACUGUGUGUGCGUGUGUUCUGCUGGAUAUUGUGUGCAUCUAUGAAACGCUUCAAACAACUGCCUGGAAGUCAAAACCAACCACCUCUUUCCAGUCAUAUGUUUGCCGUGACUUUUCAUAACCACACUUGAACUAGUGGUCUUGGAUUAAAUAUUCAAAGAGCAGGGCAUCUUUAUAGCAAUGGUAUGUCAGUCAAAUUAAGGAAAAUGUACACAAAAAUAAAUAAAUGAAAUUUAAAAGUAA